UUUAUAGAUGGCAACCCACUUUAAUUGUUGUGUUUGCUUUUGCUCCCUAGCUCGAUCUCAUUCGUUUUGUGAGCUCGAGAGAGUUGUGAUAGAAAUCUAUUUCAUUUCCAUGAGUUCUAAAUUAAGCUUAUAUUAUUUUUAUUCGGUUAGAUCAUACCUAUUAUGAAGAAUGGAAUGUACCCAUUUGUUAGAUAACGUCAAGGUGGACAGCGACCUCAUCACAGAAGAUACCUCGAUCACAAAGAACUGGGAUUGUUCAGAAUGUGCAGCAAAGGAUCAGAAUUGGUUGUGUCUACAGUGUGGGGUGGUGAACUGUGGUCGGUAUGUGAAUGGGCAUGCAAAGCUACAUGCCGAGACUUCGGGCCAUCAGCUGUGUAUGAAUUCUGAUGUGUUCUCGGUUUACUGCUACAAAUGUGAUGACUAUGUAUCAAACGACACAGAAACACAAUCAAUAGACAAAAUAAGGCAAAGUAUUAUGCAAAUAAGAAAUGUGACCGACACAAAUAGUAACCUAGGUAAUGAGGAAAACAGUAAAGAUGGCAGCGAGCCAAACAGUUGUUCAUCCUCCUCCUCAGCGCAGGAGCCUUCUUCUAGCAAGGAAGCCAGGGGUGCAGACACGACAGAAGCACAGGAGGGCUCGGAUACGGACAAACGGACUAAAAAUACUAAGACGCCCGAAGAAACAGUUCGUAGCUUAAGGCCGCGUUCCCGUAAAAGAUCCCACUCCGACGACAGCAGCUCGGCGGAGAGCGGCCCCAAGAGCAAGGAGAAGAAGGGCUCGCCCUGCAACGGCAACAAUCACAGGGAGAAGAAAGUUGUAGGAUUAAAAAAUUUAGGCAACACAUGUUUCAUGAAUGCGGUGCUCCAGAGCCUGAGCAACAUCCAGGAGUUCAGCUGCUACUUCAGCAGCUUGCCGGUCCUGGAGCCGAAGACCAACGGCCGCAAGGUGUACCACUCCCGCAGCUACACGCGCCAGGAGAUGACGGACGUGGUGAUGGCUGAAGAGUUGAGAAAGGUGCUGAUAAACCUGAACAGCGGAUGUGGCGGCAAGGGAGCAAUAUCACCAGAGUGCCUGUUCCUGGUGAUAUGGAAGGUGGUUCCACGCUUCCGCGGGUACCAGCAGCAGGACGCGCACGAGUUUCUGCGAUACAUGCUAGACAGACUGCACACGGAGCUGCUGCAGCUGCUGCCGCCGGCGCGCGCGGAGGGCCCGCCGGCCGCCUCCAUCGUCACCGCCGUCUUCGGCGGCACCCUGCAGAGCGAGGUGCGCUGCUUAGCGUGCGGCGCGGAGAGCAAGAAGCUGGACCCGUUCCUGGACCUGUCGCUGGAGCUGCCCGACGCCGCCGCGCCCGUGCCGCUGCUGGACUGCCUCGCGAGCUUCGUCCAGGUGGAGGAGCUGGCGGACACGGAGCGCUACUUCUGCAGCGGCUGCGGCAGCAAGCAGAAGUCCACCAAGCAGUUCCGAGUGCGGCGUCUGCCGCAAGUGCUCUGCUUACACCUCAAGCGGUUUCGUUGGCACAACUACUUCAGGACGAAAGUGGACACGGGCAUCUCGUUCCCGCUGCGCGCGCUGGACAUGUCCCGCUUCGUGCUGGAGCGGCGCCGCGCCAUGCUGUACGACCUGGCCGCCGUCAUCGUGCACCACGGCUCCGGCGCGGGGUCGGGGCACUACACGGCCUUCGCGCACAACUCGGGGCAGUGGUUCCACUGCAACGACCAGACGGUGCGCGCGGCCGCCGCCGGCGCCGUGCAGGCCUGCAAGCCCUACAUCCUGUUCUACAUCCGCCGCGACCACGAGCUCUCCUGACCGCCUGCGCCUGCGCCUGCGCCUGCCCGGAGCGCAGCUGCCGACACUUGAAAAUUGCUUAAACUUUCGACAGAUCUUCGACUGCAGAUGAUCCUUAACAUACGAGAGAUCCCAGUAAUACGUGCCCGGAACGGAGAUGCCGUGAGUUAAAAGUUAUGUAAACAUUUUAAGAAAAAUUUCGGCCCACGAUGAUGUUCUUAGUGGUUUUCACAUUGGAUGCGGAUUCUCGCGCCGCGUGUGCGAGAGGGAUAUCGUUAUAUACGGGCAUAGUGCUGUCUAACUCUAACAUCGGUGCGGCCUGCGAAUCCGUAUCAGUGGGUUAACCGCUUAUAGUACAACUAAUAUCAGGUGAACUUCAUCUGAUAUUAGAUAACUAUAAUUAUAGACUGUAUUUACGUGAUCCCGAGGACUUUAAUGAUCCGUGAACUGUAGAAAGUUUAGUAAAAUGUUAUUGGAAAAAUAAAUAUCGUGCCUACAAAAUAGUAUUCACUAGAACGUUAACCGUGUUGUGGUAUCACAUCUAUUUAUCGUCUUAACUUUGAGAAAUGUAAACGAAUUCUUACGUAGUAAAAUGUUUUAAUAGGUCUUAAAAUAAAUCUGUGCGAUAACCAAGAAAAAGUCUAAACUACCUAACUGAAGGAAACGUCUUUUGGAAAACAACUUAGAUUCUAAAUUAUUUACGCAAAUAUUUUAGCUUUGAAAUAAAUACCUAUUCUUUCUUAAUUCAGACAAAUUCACACAAACAAAUCAAAUUGUACAACUUAGAUCAUUUCAAACGUUUGGAACGGGUUUUACGACUAAAAUCACCAUUGUAUGAAAAAUGUAUAAUUUUAACGUUGAAUCAACGCCUUGUCAUUCUUAGCCUACCAUUUAGACCUUAACAUAAACAAACAAAACAACGUGACUUUGUUGUUCUGCCAAUAUUAUCCCUACUAAUAUUUUAAAAACGCAAGUAACUUCUGUUUGCGUGCCUUUUAUUUGAAUUGAUUUAAGUAAAUGACAUUUUGUAAGGAGUUCAUUUGAGUCCCGGGAAAGGACAUAUUGUUAAAUUGUACCAUUUGUUUCUUGACGAAUGACUGAGUCAAGUGGUGUUGUUUGUUUACAACACAUCCAUUCAAGCUCCAAAUGAAAGAGACGUGAAUAUGUGAAUUAAGUGGCGAGUCUCGAUAACAAUUUACGAAAUAUUUAGAAAAAUUUGAUUGAGUGAGAAUUUUAGGAAUUUUAGGAUGGCAUCGUUAAAAUUAUCAAUGAACUGCAGACAUAAAGGGGCCCACUGAUUGCCAGCUGGCUGGGCGAUAUCGCCCUGUCAGUAUUUGCGAUUAGGCGAGUCAGAGCGAACAUACGCGCGAGGCAAUUUCCUCGCGCACAAAACGGCCAGUGUAGGCGUGCCUCGCGCGAGGAAAACGCGCGCGUCCCCUCGGCCGAGUAAUUGCCCCGCGCGUAUGCUCACUCUGUGUGGACCCGCCUAUUGUCAGCUUUUGCGAAUAACUGACAGGCCGAUAUCGUCCGACCAACUGGUAAUCAGUGGGCCCCUUAACGGAUAGCGGGCCGGUCCCUGGUUAUGACAGUUCAAAAGUGCUAGUUAAUUUUCGACGUUUGGCGGUUUAGGCAUUAACGAUAUAAAUAAUUUUACAGUACAUAUGGGGCUACUUUAUAGCACUAGUGCGAGAAGUAGCAUAUUACGUUACUGUGUCGAACAUUUAAAGGGCCAUAUGUACUGUAAAACGUUGUACGAUACAUGUGCGAAUAGGUAAUUCGCAACUCGUGUCGAUUUAAAACACUCCCUUCGGUCGUGUUUUAAUUUAUCGCCACUCGUUUCGAAUUUCCUAUUUUUCGCACUUGUAUCGUAAUGUACUAUUAUGAAUGUGGCGAUAUGAAAAUAGCAGUUUGUGUUGUACAAUACCAGUAACUAAACUUUUCCCAGUUAUUUGUAUAAUUGUAUAGACUCUGCAAAAUAUAAAAGCAUAUACAUGUGGCGUUCAUUUAAAAGGGAUGUUUUUGUGAACAAUAUGCUAAGUGAAUAAAUCACCCUAAUUCAAUAUUGGAUACCUUUAACCUUUAAGCAAAGAGAAUUGAUUGUAAUAGAGAGGUAAAGUCUAAGAAAAAUACGUGCCCCUUAGUUUGUCAUCCAAAACAAAUGGUGCUGUACUGCGCCAUAUGAUUUCGGUCACUGAAUAGACAAAAGUCAACUUUUGGCAACCUGAGUUACCGCAAAAUGUAUGGAGCUGUACAGCGCUAUCUCGUUUACCUGUCAAAUUCGAACCACGAAAUCGUCUUAGAUUUUACACAUUUUACUCAAUCAAUAUAUCUGUAUAUUUCUGUGCUAUACAAGCAUUUAUGAUGAAGAUCUAUAUAAUAUGUUAAGUUAUAGUUUUAUAGAGACAAAUACUCAAAUAAAAAUAGUCUAUGCAGUUGUUUGAAAGUCUACUUUAUAAUAAUUAUGAAUUUGGAGCUUCUGUAUUAUACACAAAUUAAGAUCCAUCGGAUUCAAAUUGUGAUUUUUCUAUAUGUAAUGUGAUGCCAUGAGUGCAUUUUGGAAUAUCAGAGAUGAGUAAAUUAUAAAAACUGCUAAUCUGCUUUCCUCUGAAAUAAACAUUUUGAUUGCAAACGCACUUUAACCGUGUCCUAGACUUAGACCCAUGUACUUUCUAUGGCACUUUGAUCUCGCCUGUUAUAAUAUAAUGCUACCGAGUGCAAUCUAUCGAAAUAACGCAGCGUUGUAUGAAGAUUUGUAGUCUAUAUAUUUGACUUGUCUCUGAUAGUAUAAUAAGUUUUUGUAUGAAUACCAGCUGUAUUAAGCUUGUUUAGUUAGGGGCCAUGGCCGUGGAUUCAGUUUUACAGUUAGAUUUAACAUUCCUGUGACAUUAGCUAUACGCAGGUACUGUCAACCAAUUUGAAUUCUGUACAUUUGGUCAUAAAAAUACACUGUUUAAUUAAAGGUGAAGAAAUGUAUUCAUAUAUGUCAUCGACUACAUGAUAAAACAGUAACAAUACUGAAACAGUAAUGAGAUAUCCCAUGAUAGAGGUAUUAAACUAUAACAGAGGCAUAUCGUCGCUAUACUUACUCAAACUCGUAUCUCAUAUACUUAUCUAAUAUAUAGAUACGAGGUUGGUUGGUGGAGGAGGUAGAUUGUGGAAGUAUUUGGAUAAGUAAGGAGCGUCCAAAUCUAGCGAAUAUUCCGUGAAUACAAUAUUUAUGAAUACAAUAUAAGGUGCUAACAAAACACCCUGUUAAUGAGAAAAUUAAUCAUUGAACUGAUUCUAGAACCUCUUAAUAUAACAUGAUGAUUAUUUUUAGAUAAAAUUAUAAUUUAUUUAUUUUGUUCGGCAAUAUUUAAGUCAUACUUCCACAUUAUAGAUUAAACGAGGGUAAAUGAAAACAAAGAAAUGAUUUGAAAGAUUUCUUAAUUUAAAGUUUAAUAAUAUUCGCUAGAUCUGUUCACACUUUACGCAGAUAGGAUCAGCGAUGUCCACACUUUUUGUCUCAACUUUUCUUCUUUUACGCAUAUCUAGUUAACGCUACGUAUAUUCAGUUCUUUUGUAUUUUCUUUGGAUUUCAUAUUCCUUGUUAUUGUGAUACAGAAUUCAAAUCCUGACCAUGGAAAGAUCACGAGCUACUAGUAUAUUUAUGAAAUCAUGUGUGCCGCGUUCGCGCAAUUCCCUUUGAUGAUAAUUUGCCGGGUACCUUAUGAUAGUAAAGUUUAAGGUUUAUUUUAAUGUAAGUACUUCAAUUACUGGAAGUUGAUAGUGAUUGAAUUUAAUAAAUUCGCCAAUGAAACGA